UCAAAACUCAUGGACACCUGCUCAAACAGACGGGUUCCUAUAUAAGACAUGGCUCUGCUGUAUUGUCAUUGGACAUCGCCAUGGCUCGUUAUGAGAUACUCCUUGUUGCCGCAGCCUUCGCUGUCGUAGCGCUCGCCGAACCCGAACAGUGGGGCUAUCCGGAAAAAUCACCAGUUGUAGUACCAGUUUUGCCACCAUAUUAUCGACCAGGUUUCCCAGUCCGGCCACCAUACGGAAUACCAGUUUUGCCACCAUAUGGACCACUAGUUCCGUCACCAUAUCGACCACUCAUUCCGUCACCAUAUCGACCACUCAUUCCGUCACCAUAUCGACCACUACUUCCGCCACCAUAUGGACCACUCGUUCCGUCACCAUAUGGACCACUAGUUCCGCCACCAUAUGGACCACUCGUUCCGUUACCAUAUGGACCACUGGUUCCGCCACCAUAUGGACCACUGGUUCCGCCACUAAUUGGAACACCUGGUUUGUCAAUAAUUGUAUCACCAACUGUGCCAGUCCCUGUUCUGCCAUACUGGCCGCCUCUCCGUCCUCCACAUCGUCCUGAGAAACCUGAUGAGAAACCUGAAGAGAAACCUGUCGAGAAACCUGUCGAGAAACCUGUCGAGAAACCUGAAGAGAAACCUGUCGAGAAACCACACGAAUAACGUGUGACUGAGGCUCCUUUUGAAGCCCAAAAUUCGUGAGACCAUCCGCUGCAGCCCCAAAAUAUCCUCGUGUUCCUCGGGCGAUGUUGGUCCACAUUUGAAUUGUAUGUUAAACUUUGAACAUGGAAAUAAAUUUUGCAUAAUUGA